GCUGGUUUGAGACCGGAAGUGCGUGGGUUACUGGGUUGGCUCUGCCUAGGGUUUUCAGGAAACAUGGAAGAGACUAAGGGAGUUGGAGCUGGAGCUGAAGGACUAUUGUGAUCUCUGGGCGCUCUUUGGGAGGACAGGGGAGGUAACAGGAUGCCACUGGAAUCGUCUUCCUCAUCAAUGCCACCAUCCUUCCCUUCUGUGUUGCCUUCAGUGCCAGACGAUAUUGCCAGUUCUUCCCCUCCUCCAAUGUCUUACAUCACUUCUCAGGAGAUGAAGUGUAUUCUUCACUGGUUUGCCAGUUGGUCGGGUCCCCAGCGGGAACGUUUUCUACAAGACCUGGUAGCUAAGGCAGUGCCUGGAAAGCUACAGCCACUGCUGGAUGGUCUGGAGCAGCUCAGUGUGUCUGGGGCAAGCCGGCCACCUUGUAUCUUCGAGUGUCAGCUACGUCUUUGGGAUCAGUGGUUUCGAGGUUGGGCUGAGCAGGAGCGCAAUGAAUUUGUCAGACAGCUGGAGGUCAGUGAGCCAGAUUUUGUGGCAAAGUUUUACCAAGCAGUGGCCGCCACUGCUGGUAAAGACUGAUAGGCCUUCAGAUCAAGAAGAUAACUAUGUGUGAUCAAGCCAAAGACCAUGACUCUAGUGAAGAUUCAGUGCUAGUGUGUCAUUUAAGAUUGCCUGAACUGCAGGGGUAGUGGUGCAUCUUUCUCCCCAGCACCAGGAGGCAGAGGCAGCCUGGUCUACAUAUCAAGUUCCAGGCCAGACAGUGCUACAGAGUGAGACCCCGCGUUAAAAAAAAUUGCUUGAACUUGAUGAUGAGUGCCAGCACUGUUUUUAUCUUAGCAGUAUGCCAUAUGUCACUGGACUCUGUAAAUGUGAUCCACUUAAACAAAUUGAUUUUAUCAGACACCUGCUUUAUUUACAGGAGAAGUAUAGUAACUUCUCAUCUUGCCAGUGAAUUUGUGUUAGUGGCCACACCCCUUUGGGCGUGGCUUCAGGUGUGUAUGUGACCAUAAGGUGGACAAGUGCAGGGUCUCUUUCUCUUGGUUGGCAGAUUGCAUCACAAGGGCAGAGACUGCUUCUUCUGGAACAGGAACAUUGUAGCAGUUCUUUACUAUUAUCUGUGUAAGUAGUUCCCCAAUAAAACACCCAUUUAUCAUUA